CCUCGCUUGUCGGUCAAAGUUUAGUUGAUCUGGUGCUGACAGCUUCAGAGCGGCUGCAACCUUCACAUUUUUUACACAAUGACAGCACGAAAUAUAUCUCGAUUCUGGGAAUGGGGGCGGAAGAUAAUUUGUGUCGGGAGAAAUUACGCAGAUCACGCCAAAGAGCUGAAAAACGCGAUUCCUACAGAGCCCGUCCUGUUCCUGAAGCCGCCCUCUGCUUAUGUGAAGGAGGGCUCCCCGGUCCUGGUGCCUCAGUACUCCUGCAACCUGCACCAUGAGGUGGAGUUAGGAGUGGUGAUCGGGAAAGGGGGCACCUCCAUCCCUCAGUCCGCCGCCAUGGAGCACGUCGCAGGCUAUGCUUUGUGUUUGGACAUGACGGCCCGGGACAUCCAGGAAGAGUGCAAGUCCAAAGGUCUGCCCUGGACCCUGGCUAAAGCCUUCAACACAUCCUGCCCCGUCAGCGACUUUAUCCCCAAAGAGCGCAUCCCCGAGCCGGGCAACGUGAAGCUGUGGCUGAAGGUGAACGACCAGCUGCGGCAGAGCGGCUGCACCUCGCAGAUGAUUUUCUCCAUCCCGUAUCUCAUCAGCUACAUCAGCGAGUUCAUCACCCUGGAGGAGGGGGACCUUAUCCUCACCGGGACCCCCAAAGGAGUCUCCGCUGUGCAGGAGCACGAUGAGCUGCAGGCUGGGAUCGAGGACGUUGUCACCAUGAGCUUCAGAGUGGACAGACAAGACCAGUGAUGAAAAAAAGACAAUAAAUAAACACUCAGACUCAUAAACAGAGUGUUUUUGCUGGAAAGUGGACUUAAAUUCUUUUAAAUAAUUUCCAAUAUCUGUGUGGAUCAGCAGGUGGCAGUGCUGUGCCAUCAAAACCAAAUGUCCAUCCAGAUGCUGCUCCGUAAAAUACAUGAAAACAAGAACAAAACUGUUUACGUUAAUUGAUCUCGUGAAUGAUCUGUUUGACUGUAUUAUCCAGCCAAAGAUGUGGAAAUCAUUCAUCAUUCAUUUUUCUCAGGUCAUCAGUGGUGGAACAAGUGUUCAAAACUUUUCUCAAAUAAAAGAUGCAAUAAUA